AUGGCGGAAAACUUACAUACUCAGGCGACACUUCCUUUGAAUCAGAAUCCUGCAAGCAACUAUAACAUUCAUCCUUCAGAUGCUAAUUUCACUCAGUUAGUUUCCUUCAAAUUCAACGGUGAAGGUUUUACUAGCUGGAAGCGAGCUAUGUUGUUGACUCUUUCAGCAAAGAAUAAGGCAGGCUUUGUUAAUGGAACUCACUGUAGACCAGUUGAUGAAACUUCUCCAGAAUAUCUAGCUUGGGAGAGGUGCAAUGAUCUAGUCUGCUCUUGGAUUCUGUUCAAUCUUGAUAAGAGUAUUGCUGGAAGUGUGAUAUUUCUCAGAUCUGCUAGAGAGAUCUGGCUUGAUUUGAAGGAGAGGUAUGGCUUUACAUCCUUAGCUAAGAUUUAUUCUUUGGAGCAACGAUUAGCUGAUAUUAGUCAAGGCAAUGCUUCUGUUUCUGAAUUUUUCACUUCCAUUAAAUCUAUUUGGGAUGCUAUUGAUGAAGCACAUCCAUUACCAUAUUGUACUUGUAAUAAUUGUUCAUGUAACUUGACUAAGAGGAUUUUUUAG